AUGAACGCGACAGAUGUAGAACUUGUUCGUUAUGCUCAGAAAGUGGACCAUGUGUUCAUUAUCGUCGGUUAUAUUAUCAAUCCGCUCGGACUGCUCUUCAAUAGUAUCCUCAUUUAUCUUAUUUCCAUGAAGACGCCAAAGUCCCUCAGAAGCUUCUCGAUACUUCUCAUGAACUUUGCCCUUUGUGACUUUUUCAGUUCUCUAGCUGGAAUGUUAGCACUUCAAAGGUGAGCCGAAUUUUCUCGCUUGAAUCUAAACGUUUUUUUUUAGAACAGUAUUCUCCGGUUGGUCGUUGACCUACAUUUUUCACGGGAUGUGCGGACGAGUUUCGUCUUACUUCUGCUAUUUUCUACAUGUAUUUGUGUGUCACUGCUUUGCCCAUUCUCAAUGGAUUUUAAUGGUAAUCUAUAAACUCGGUGGCAAUUUUGAAGCAAUACUUCGUAGAUUUCGUUUCUCUACCGGUACUACAUACUCGAUCAAAUCAGUCCGGAUCCGGUGAAAAUUGUGAGAAUCUGUGUCACCGCCUACAUUCCGUCCAUCCUCUUCUUGCUCAUUUAUCUAUCUGACGUGGCAGACGCCGAAGAGUUGAAGAUGAUUGUGUUCUCCUAUCACAAACAGUACUUCUAUCAUGUCAAACAACUAUGGGGAGGUAGGACACUUUGCAACCACUUGACCUAAAAAAACCAUAGUCAGACAUAUCAAUAGCUGGAAACGUCAGCGUCUGGUCGGUUAGCACCUUCUCAGCGAUCAUCUACAUGACAAUCCCGUGCUUUCCGAUCUAUGUAAUCAUCAUAUACUUCCGUCACAAGGUGCUACAAUAAUCCUGCCCUUUCUAUUAUUAUACGUUCAUUUACAGACCCUGAAAAUCCUAGACGGUCGUGGUCGAAUGACAAUGUCGGAGACCACAAGAUCCUCUCACAAGCAGCUAAUAAAAGCGUUGACAAUCCAGGCGGUCGUUCCCAUUUUUUGGCUCACCGCCUCCUCCUUCUAUCUGCUGCUUUUGUUCCAGUUCGUCGGCGGAGUUAUUAUCGAAAACAUGAUUUUCCGGAUAAUGGAGUGCAUGCCCAUGUGCACUCCGUUGAUUUCGCUGUACUUUGUCAGACCUUAUCGGUUAGCCAAACUUUGUUUUUUGAUAAUUUUGUCGAUUUAUCUUGUUUUCAGAUCAGUGAUAACCGCUUGGAUCACGCCGACAUCGCUCAUUAAACCCGUCAUUGUCACUUCGCUUGUCAGCACUUUGUACUCAUCCGGUAACCCACAAAAUGUUUGAAACUCUCACCAUCGCUCCUGCCCGACAAUUCAAUUACAACGACCACAAAAGAAUGAAUGAAUCUCUGUGAAAGUAACCUCUGUUUGUGUAUGUGAAUAAACUUUUUUCCCGGGACUCAGCUGGCCAACACAGAACUUUUUUCAAUUGGAUGCACUCGGAAAAUGUUGCGAUCGCCUCUUGUCAAACUUUUUUGUUAUUUAUUAGAAAAUAAUGCUCAGUGAGCUUCAAGGAAGUUAGGUGCUGCUCCUCGUGCAUUGAACACGGAAUAAGAUAAAAGAUAUAUUAGUUGGCCCAAAAUAUUAUUCAUUUCUCGUUCCCAUCACCGUCGACUCUUUUUUUGCGCCUAUUCCUCUCAUCAAACCUCAAAAUUCUCAAAACAUUCCCCAGAAUUCUCAUUUCUUUCUUAAUUAUAUUCAUACAGCGCGUUUCCGUUUCCAUAUCCCACCCCAGCUUCAUUUUUCAUAAAUAGUGUCUGCCACUGGGGUUUUUUUGUUCAAAAUGCAAUAUAAAAUAGUUGUUUCCCUGAAAAAAGAGGAAAAGUGUCCAAAUAUAUGGGCCAAACCACAAAUUUCCGCUUCAUUCACACACAUACACACUCACACACACACACAGUGGUGUACAUUAUCUAGCCCAAAUGAAUUACAAAUUACCAUGAUUAUUGGUCCCUCUAGAAAGCGUCUUUAGGCAUUUUAGGAUUUGCCUAGGUUGUAGUGGUAGUUGCCAAUUUGGGGUUUUCCGUCUUAUGACAUGGAAAUCGGUCUUUCCUAGUGACGGAGAUUUUAAGAUAGAAAUAAGGCCUUGUUCACAGUGUUUUUAGUCGACUCAAUGAAAAUGAACUUGCUUAUGACGCGACAAUACCGUAUUUUUAUGUCGAGAUAGACUAAAUGUAGUGGUAGCUCCCAACUAUUUCGUCCACGAAAGAGCAGAGCACAAAAUGAGCCCGCCGCGGAGCGAAGCACUCUUUUUAAUCAGAUUUCGGAGACGAAGUUUCACUGAAUUCGCCGCUCUGAAAAACAAAAGAAAACAAAGGCGUUUCGAGCGAAGCAUGGGAUUUGAGAUUAUCCAAGCGAAAGAGGGUCGAGGGCUAAAAAGAACCAGGAAGGAAGCUGUUGAAAUAAAAACAGAUCAAGAAAGUUCCUUCUCUUCUUUUUUGCCGACCUCCUCUUCAAUCAUUAGGUUCAUUAGUAGAAGACGCUCCUUCGUUCCCUAUUCCAUAUGUUUUCUUCACCAACACGCAAGCAUAUGCACAUUCAGAAUUCUGAUUCAGAUGUCAUCUUCAUCUUGUUCUGUCGAAUAUCCAAUUACAAACAUCACCCACUAUGUUCUCUCAACUUUGGGAGAACGAUGUCCUUCUGUAAGUUUUCAGCAAGUUCACAAUAUUCAUUUGAUUAUUUUUGCAGACCGCUAUCGUUAUCCCUACCGUAAUCAUCUACGCGACAGUAUUCCUGCUCGGAUUGUUCGGAAACACGUGUACUUGCAUUGUAAUAGUGGCCAAUAAGUCCAUGCACAACCCCACAAACUAUUAUCUAUUCAGCCUGGCGAUUUCGGAUAUCAUCGCCCUGAUUUUAGGUACAUUUUUGCAAUAUUUCGAGUCAAACUGAUCGAUAUUGUUGUAGGACUUCCCAUGGAACUCUACCAAUCGCUCGACUACUCCUAUCCCUAUCGAUUCAGUGAACAAAUCUGCAAAGCGCGCGCUUUUCUCAUCGAAUUCACCUCCUACGCGUCCAUCAUGAUCAUUUGCUGUUUUUCAUUCGAAAGAUGGCUUGCUAUUUGGUAAGAUAUGAAAUAUUUGUGAGUGUUCUUCAAAAUAGAAGCCUUAUUAAAUUUCAGUUACCCUCUGCAAACAAAAAUCUUCUCAACCCUCUGGAGAGCCAACGUGCUCAUUGUGCUCGCGUGGAGCAUCUCCUUCCUCUGUGCCCUGCCCAUCGCAUUUAUCGUCAAAAUCAAUUACUUGCCCCUUCCGCACUUUGCCCUCAACCAAUCGUGGACCAAUUUAGUCUCAUCUGACGGAUUCUCUGUGAUGCGCACAGAAUUUUGUGCGAUGAAUCAAGCGCGACCGGAUCAACAAAAGAAUAUUAUCAUUUUCGCGUUCACCGCCUUUUUCAUAGUUCCUGCAAUCGCCAUUGUGAUCAUGUACGCUCAUAUUGCAAUCAAACUGAAUUCAUCCGAAAACACAAAGGAGUUGAAGGAGGAUCCAUUGAUCAAGCAGCGUCGGAGCAAGAGUAAUCGAACUGUGCUCAAGAUGUUGUGUGAGUAUUUUAUGAUAUUCUCUUUCACCUCCACUUCUUUCAGUGUCCGUCGUGAUAACCUUCUUUCUCUGCUGGCUGCCCUUUCACAUUCAAAGGCUCCUCUCUGUCUACAUCAUGUCCGAACCCAGUGCGAUUUCUCCGCCAGUCCAGUUUCUCUCCAUGAUCGUGUUUUAUAUUUCUGGUAUGGACCAAGAAAAGAUACUUCAAACUUUUCAUUUAUUUUCAGGCUUCUGCUACUACUCCAACUCAGCCGCCAACCCUAUACUCUACAAUAUUCUCUCUGAAAAGUAUCGAAGUGCAUUUUGUCACACUAUACUUGGAGAUCAGGUUGCGAGGAUGAUUUUCAAAGGGAAACCGGGCAAGACUAAGUGA